AUGCCUCUCCAGGCUGGAUAUGCAGAGAUUAACGUGACCCAAAAAAAAAGGAUGGAUCUAAUUAUCUGUGUUUGGGGGCUGCUGGCGCUGUUCGUGGAGGGCAUCCGUUGCCAAGGAGUGUAUGCGCCUCCGACUGUUCGCAUUAUACACUCAGGGCACGCCUGUAAUGUGGAGGAGGAGCGGCACACCGAGAGAGUCUACACCAUCCGAGAGGGAGAGACCCUGGAGCUCACCUGUUUGGUUACGGGGCAUCCGCGGCCACAUAUCCGAUGGACCAAGACAGCCGGCAGUGUGUCGGACCGCUUCCAGGACUCCAGUGUGUUCAAUGAAACGUUGCACAUUGCAAAGAUCCUGAGGACCCAGGGAGGUCGCUACUACUGCAAGGCAGAGAACGGCCUCGGCUCGCCCGCCAUCAAGUCCAUCAGGGUGGAUGUCUACUACCUAGACGACCCGGUGGUGACCGUGCAUCAGAGCAUAGGCGAGGCCAAGGAACAGUUCUACUACGAGAGGACCGUGUUCCUCCGCUGCGUGGCCAAUUCCAACCCGCCCGUCCGCUACAGCUGGCACCGCGGGAGGGAGGUUCUGACGCAGGGCUCAGACAAGGGCGUGGAGAUCUACGAGCCAUUUUUCACACAGGGGGAAACGAAGAUUCUCAAGCUGAAGAACCUGCGGCCUCAGGACUACGCAAACUACAGCUGCGUCGCCUCCGUGAGGAAUGUGUGUGGGAUCCCCGACCGCAGUGUCAUCUUCAGACUCACCAAUAAGACAGCCUCCCCAUCCAUCAAGCUGCUGGUGGAGGAUCCCAUCGUGGUCAAUCCUGGCCAGACGGUAUCGCUGGUGUGCAUCACCACAGGUGGGGAGCCUCCCCCCCUACUCAACUGGCUCAGCAGUAAUGACGUCCUGCCGCUGAGAAGCGUGGUGAAGGGGGGUACGCUCACGCUGCCCGCCAUCUCCUCAGAUGAGGCGGGGGUGUACAGCUGUGUGGCCACUAACAAUGUGGGAAACCCGGCGAAGAAGUCCACCACCAUUGUUGUGCGAGCUUUGAAAAAGGGACGAUUCUGGAUCACUCCUGACCCCUACCACAACGACGACAACAUCCAGAUUGGACGUGAAGUCAAGAUAUCUUGUCAGGUGGAGGCGACCCCACCAGAGGAGCUGACGUUUAGCUGGCUGAAGAACGGGCGUGGGCUGCGGAGCUCGGAGCGUAUGGUCAUCACCCAGACGGACCCUGACAUCUCCCCAGGGACCACCAACCUGGACAUCAUAGACCUCAAGUUCACCGACUUCGGCACGUACACCUGCGUGGCCGCCCUGAAGGGAGGAGGCAUCCCCGAGAUCAGCAUCGACGUCAACAUCUCAUCCACGACUGUCCCUCCUCUGUUUUUCUCUUUCUUAGUUCCCCCCAACCUGACAGUCCCUCGGGGCAAGUCCCCCCUGGUGGCCCGCGAGGGUGACACAGUGGAGCUGGAGUGCCUUGUUUCAGGAAAGCCCAAGCCCAUCAUCCUGUGGUCGCGAGCCGAUAAGGAGGCGCCGAUGCCGGACGGCAACAUGCAGAUGGAGAGCUACGAUGGCGUGCUGCGUAUUGUUAAUGUCUCCAGGGAGAUGACGGGCUCGUACCGCUGCCAGACCAGCCAGUACAAUGGCUUCAACGUGAAGCCCAGAGAGGCCGAGGUGGAGCUGAUUGUACAAUACCCGCCGACAGUGGAACCGGUUUACACCGAGAUGCGCCAGGGCCUCGGGAGACCUGUGGUGAUGACCUGCAGGGUGCUGCGAGCCCACCCCUCCCGUGUGCUGAGAUUCGAGUGGCUUCUAUCAAACCGGCUGCUCCACGCCGGAGCCUUCGACGCCCAAAAGGAUGAGACGGAGUACACGAUCCGCAGCCUCAACCGCGACGGCUGGGGGGAGUACACCUGUAAUGUCAUCAACGAGGCCGGUGCAGGCAAAUGCACAUUCCAGGUCACAGGAAAGGCCUUCGCCCCUGAGUUCUACUAUGACACCUACAGCCCUCUGUGGCAGAACAGGCCCAGAAUCUACGGCUUCAAGCUUCAGUGGACCCAGAUGAACCCCAACGCUGUGGACCGCAUUGUUGCCUACAGACUUGGCAUCAAACAGAUGGGGUUGCAGCGCUGGUGGGAGCAUGAGAUCCCUGUGGAUGGAGCAAUCAACAAAGGGGAGCUCAUGACGCACAACCUGACUGAGCUGAUAAAGCCUGAGUCCUUUGAAGUGCGCCUCUGCCCCAUCACACGGUUCGGAGAGGGUGAUUCCACCAUCCGUAUCAUCACCUACAGUGCUCCCGUCAACCCUCAUCUGAGAGAGUUCCACUGCAGCUUUGAGGAGGAGCCCAUCUGCAUGUUCACCCAGGACAAGAACGACGAUUUCGAUUGGACACGGCACAGCGCCGCCACCCGGGACACCAAGUACACACCCAACACCGGGCCUAGUGGUGAUCGCAGUGAUUCCAAGCAGGGUUUCUACAUGUACAUUGAGACGUCGAGGCCGCGGAAGGAAGGGGAGCAGGCGCGGCUCGUAAGCCCGUUCUUCAACGUAGCUCCUAAAAACCCCUACGGUAUCACCAACCCCCCGGCCUACUGCUUCAGCUUCUUCUACCACAUGUAUGGAAAACACAUAGGAACCCUGAACGCCUUCCUAAAGCAGAAGGGUCAAACGACCUCCGAGGGUCCCGUGUGGUUGCUGACUGGUAACCAAGGUGACCGUUGGAACCAGGCCAAAGUGAGCAUCCACCCGACAGCGUCAUUCCAGGUGGUCCUGGAAGGUGUCCGGGGACCGGGUAUCGAAGGAGACAUCGCCAUCGACGACGUCACGCUGGAGGAAGGGGAGUGUCGAGACCCCCCGCCCAAUCUCAGCGCUGAGGCUCCGUCAACACCCUCUCAUAUAUGGCUGCUAUGCAUCACCCUGGUGAUGACCCUCCUCGAAUGUCAGAGGUGA